CGUGAUUCAUUGAUCCUACUUAGUAGCAUUCGAAAUAUCGUAACGAAUCAAGAUAUUAUCAACUAUCGAUCACCAACGUAACGCUGUCGCCUUCUAGUUACUAGGCAUCUAUCUACUUUACGUGCGACAUAUAAUCCGAUCCCGGCGUUACUGAUUGAUAUGUCGUCUUAUUUAUAAUAAGAGAUAUAUCUCAAGCCUCACGAAUAUUUCUCUCCGCCUCUAACCUACCUCAUAUCUAUUCGAUAUCAAGAAUAUCUUAUGGUCCUAUGGCUCCGAAAAAGCCAAUCCUGGUUCUUGUCCACGGCGCCUGGCAUGUCCCAGCCUCCUUCGACAAGAUUGUGGCUAUUCUUCGGUCCGCUGGCUAUGAAGUACAUAUCCCUCACCUCCCGUCCACGAACGGCACGAGGCCUCCCGAUGGCGACCUCCUUUCCGACACCGCGUUAAUCCGUUCGUGUGUGGAGAGCCUCGUCGAAGCUGGCCAUAAUGUCAUUGCUCUUCUGCAUUCCUACGGCGGUCAAGUAGGCACCAACGCCCUCCAUGGCCUAUCCUGCCAUACACGCAUAAAGCAGGGACUGCCUGGUGGCGUGUCGCAUCUAAUCUAUAUGUGCGCCUUUAUCUUACCCGAAGGUUGGUCUACGUUAGACCAAGGCAAAUCGCGAGGCAUUGAGACCGUGAAAGCGAUGCAGCUGAAACUCGCCUUCGACGGUGAGGGCUACUGCACUUUGAUAGAUCCUAGGGGACAGUUAAUCAACAGUGUCAAAGACGACGCCGAAGCAGAAGCCUACAUCGCAACACUUGUGCCCUGGAGUGUCAAGUCUAUGACUCAACCCCUCUCACAUUGUGCCUGGAAAGACAUUCCAGUCACAUAUAUCCACACCACUAAUGACAAUACUGUGACAUACACCGGUCAAAAACUCAUGUUGGAACGAGUGAAAGAGCUUGGCCUUCAGGAUCCGCAUCUGGUUACUUUAGAUACGGACCACUGUCCACACCUAACUGCGACAAAUGAUAUCAUUGAUGUUAUUGAUAAAGUCGCGGCGGAUAUCGAGGAAGGCAUGGCAUGAGGCAUAGACACUUGGGCCAGGCUUAACAUUGGAUGGUAUUUUUCAAAAGAACUAUACAAGUAUCUUGAAUCGUCUCUUACCUAGGUAAAUCCAUAUUGUAUUCUCGUUCGACCUUCUCCAAAUACGUACUAGGUACCUGGGUAGGCAGCCUCCCUACCAAUAUGUUGAUGGUUACAUUUAAUCUAAGUUUUAAGUAUAUCGUAGAAACAGCCAACAGUAAUACCCGAGGAAUAUCUGCCUACCUACGUAGUAC